UUUGGUAUUGUUGCUGCUGGUGUUUCCAGGUGUAAUAGUGUUUUUUAAACUGUGGAAUACUGGAUUCAAAUAUAUUAACUAAAGUACAAAUUGUUCCUUCCUUCAAUACUUUAGAGCUUUUUUUUGUAAUUACAGUCUUGGAAAUUCCAUUCUCAGUCUUCUUGUAUUUGUAGUCUUCACGCUCCCAUUGCACCCAUUUCGCGCUCAAAUUUGCCUGAUCUUCUGCAAGGUGGUAAUCCAACUUUGAUAGUUUGCAUGCCUCACAUUCGCCGUUCAUACAUUUAAAUGACUCCAAGUUGCAACUUACUAGUAAUAAGACAUCUUUCACAGAUUUGCAAUUUAGCAACAGUUUAUGUACGUGCAGAGCAUGCAACAAAAAGUCGAAAUUACCAUGCUUGAUGCAUAAACAAGUUUCUCGGUUUUGUACGCCCGGAGUUAAGACGAAAAAAGGCUUAUAUUUGUAGAAUGUUGCUAGGCUGUAUCUACCACCUUCAGAUUUAUAUAUUUGGUAUAAUUUGACUUAUGUAUCCGUUAGAUAUCGUAUCUGUUCUUUUCUCUUUGAUUUUUUUUCAGUACGACAUUCUUUUUUACCAGCAGUACAUCUGCUGAUAUUGUCCUGUAAGUAGAAACUUUCUAUUUCUCUUUUUAUUGUAUUAUUUCUUAAAGCUUCUUUACGUUUUCUUAUUUUACCUUUCAAGCCUAUUAAAUUUGUAACAUAUGUUUUCUUCCUAGCACGUAUUACAUUUUCGUUAAGAACUAUUCUUUUAGCGAUCCUUUUUUCUUGUUGAGUUUUACAUUGUUUUAGUGUCUGUUUUAGUGUAAAUUCUAGAAUUUCUUGCCUUGUUUUCAUCUUAUCAAUAAGUUCUUCAGUUUUUUCAUAUUUUUUUUUAAGUCUGUAUAACUGCUUUCGAGCUGUCUCUAAACGAGUUGUUAGUAUUCCUAUUCUUUUAAGAGCUAUAUUAUACUUUUUCGCUAAUUUGGUAUUCCUUCGCUUUACCUGUAUGGAAACAAUAGGCUCAGGAGUCUGCAGUGGCGGUACGCAGCUUGCAGAACGAUUUUCCUUUUUAAUUUUUUGUUUACGUUUUUGGUUUCUCCAUUUCUCUCUUUGUUUUUCUUUCUCCGCUUCUGAGAGAUCAGACACUUUUUUGAUUUUUGAUUUUACGAAAGCUGCAUGUUUUUUCUUGUAUUCUUCAAAUUUUAUUGGGUCUUGCUUUAAUUUGUCCCUGUGUCGUCUAACUCUCUCAGCUGAUGUGAGAGGCAUUUUUAUCACCUAAUGAUCAAAUUACAAUUUAAAUACUUUUCUCUAACACUCUUUCAAACAAUAAAGUUGGCAAGGAUUCUAAAGAUACCGUAUCUAAAUCGGUUCAGUUGUUAAAAGCGUGUACGCCCGCCGUACGGCAUUUCAUACAACAACACAAACACAUAAACAGGAUAGGUAAGUACAUAGGUAAAAAGUUAGUUGAAAACAGUUUCGCCAAAUUGUGUAACAGUUAAAAUAUACCGCUUUUAAAUUUUUCAUUGUAACAGAAAUUUCCAAAAGUAUUUUUCUUUUAAAUAAGAUAUUUCGAAAAUGUUCUCAACUAACUUUAUAGACUUAUGUAUCCUGCUUAUGUAUGUAAAGUUUCAUUAAAAUCAGUCAAUUCAAAACAGUUGCUAGUUUUAAUGACUUUGUGUCUAUUUUAAUAACGCAAUAAAAUAUUAUGUGAUCUGACGGAACGCUGUUCGUCGUGAAUACAGCUUUAGCGUUCCACUGACUAACAAUUUUCUCCAUUGAGUAACGUUUUCGUCAGAAUUAGUCAGUGGAAUGUAACGAAAGUCCGACAAAAAAUAUGUUUGCACUUUUAUUUCCAUGAUUUGCCGUUAUAUAAAGGAAAUUAUGCAUCAAUUUAUAAAACUAUUAACUAAUAGUUCGUAAAUUAAGUAGGAAACGUGUAAAAAAUUGUUCAAUUACCUUAAAAAGUGCCGCUAGUCACUGGAUCUAUUUUAUGCACACACUAUACGCGUCCUCCUUGUAUCGGUUGUGCACGAUGACAGAGAAUUUGUUGUCAAGAUGGCGGCAGUCAACCAGACAGCUUAGUAAUGUUGCCAACCAAAAAAUAUAUUUAUAAUUUUGUAAUAUUUUUUUAAAACCACUUAAAUUCGCGUUAAGCGCAAUACACAUUGAGACAUAUGUCGGCAACUUUUUGUCGGCGGUAUAGUUGGCGGCUUCACUUAUUACAAGUCGGAGAAUUUGGUCGGCGGCAUGUCGGCGGCUUGAGAUAAGAAAUUUAUUUGGCAGUCAGUGAUUACCCCGUGUCGAUAAAGGUUGUGUGGUUGUGCGAUAUAAUUUUGAUGGUGUAUCUUCGAUAAUUCAGUAAAUAGAAAUAAUCUUAAAAAUGGACGAUGGCAGUGAUCUGUUGAUAGCAGCUUGUGGAAUGUUUAUUGCUGGAUCGCUACAAAAGGAACGAAGCUGUUGGGUUAGACCUAGUUUACUGAGUCGCAAUUGUUAUAGCAAUCAUGACAGAUUAAGAGAUUUGAAAGCAGAUGACUUGAUUGUACAAAAUCCCAUACAUUUUAAAACAUUCAUGAAAUUAACCAAUACCGACUUUGAAUAUUUAUUGAAUAUUGUUGGGCCGAGAAUAGGUAAAAAAGAUACAAAUUGCAGAAUUGCAAUUUCGUCACAAGACAGAUUAGCAAUAACAUUAAAAUACCUGAGUACGGGCGAAUCAUUCAUUAGCCUUUGUGAUGUGUUCAAAGUAUCUCCUCAAAUUAUAUCAUACAUUAUCCCAGAAGUAUGCCAAGCUAUAAUCGAUGGCCUUUCGGAGUAUGUAAAGGUAAAAUUAAAUGUUUAACUUUUUUAAAUAAACCUAAAUGUUGAUAAAUAUAAAUUUUAAAUAGAUUUAUAUUUUUUGUGCUGUUUAAUUUAGUUCGAAGUAUAAUUUAGUUAAUGUUCUUAUUUUAGAUUCCGAGAACUUCAAACGAAUGGAAAAAAGUUGCAGAUAGAUAUCUGGAUAGAUGGAAUGUUUCUAAUUGCCUUGGAUCAAUGGACGGAAAACACGUAAAAAUUCAAUGUCCACCAAGAAGUGGAAGUGAAUAUUUUAACUAUAAAACUUAUUUCAGUAUUGUACUAUUUGCAUUAGUGGCAGCAGAUUACAAGUUUUUAUACGCUAAUGUUGGAUGUCAGGGUCGCAUUUCAGAUGGCGGUGUUUUUAAUAACUCUGCGUUAUGCAGAAUGUUAAAUAACAAUUCUUUAAAUUUGCCGGACAACAAACCUCUACCUGGGAGAAAUGUACCAGUGCCAUAUUUUUUUUUGGGUGAUGAUGCUUUUGCAUUACAAACCCACAUUAUAAAAUCUUACGAUGGUAAUCACACAAAAAGAUCUCAAAUACACAACUCACUUAGGUAAUUAGUAUUAGAUAAACAUUAUGGUCCACUAACCUGUAAAAGAAACAACAUUAAGAGCUAUUGCUUCAAACAAUCCUUUGUAUCCUUAUUUUAAAAAUAAUUUUCACAAAUAUCUUUCGCGCUUAUUCUAAAAUCUCGAGACGAAACAAAACCAUUGUCUUUGACAUAGUGGAAAAAAGCUGUCACCACAGAUUAUACUGACGUAUAAAGUCUAAACUAAAAUACGCGGGAAAUUUAAAUUAAAUGAAGGGCUAACUUAGCUUCUUCAUUUACAUAUAUAUAACUCAAAAUCGCCCAAAAUGUCGCUUAAACCAAAUAGUCCGUUAUCCCUCGACAUUAUUAUCAUAAUCACAUCAUUAAAGCAGUAGGACCUGCAUAAUAAUUACAAGGUAACUUUGUGUGGUUGUAUCGUAAAUUGUUUGGUAUCGUAGAUACAGUUUUAUACAGGUUCCAUGAAAAAAAAAAAUAUAAAUGAAUGUAUGUAAAUGAAUGUAUGUAAUGUCGCAAUAUAAAUGACGACAUCUCCCUAAUUCGUCUCUACUCUUCUGGGUAGCAAACAAAAGGAUCCUCCUUUUACCGUCAUUAUAAUCCGCAAGGAUGAAGUUGCAAAAUGAGUUUGGCACCUAAAACAAGAAAAUGCUGUUUAUUUAUGGUCAUUGACAAUGAUCGGGUAAUUAGGUACACACGGCUGUACAUCAAGCUGUACAAAAACCAGUAUAAGCUGACCGUUCAAUCUAUGGAAAGAUCAUAUAAAGCGAGUCCAACACAAACUGGUUUUGUAUAGCUUGAUGUGUAGCCGUGUGUACAAAAACUUUUACAAAAAUAACGAUGUUGACAAGUCGGGCCUAAGCGCCUUUAGGCUGGAAACAGUGCUCGACCGACGGUCAGUGCUGACCGUACGUCAAGACCGUCAGCGCUGACCGUCGGUUCCAAAAAUGCAUUUAGUGCUACGCUGACGGCGAACUGUAACGCGUGUGUACAGUUCACAUGUAAAAUGAAUCCUUUUGCUGUAAAUGCUCUAAUAUGUGCACGCUAUUUUUUGCGCAAACGACGGAAUAGAAGGCGGCGAAGAUAUCAUGUACACCCAAUACUUGUAGAACGGUUGUUAGAAGGCGAGUUCUGCAAACUAUUUUCGAGAUUGCAAGAAGACGAGGAAAAGUUUUUUGAUUAUUUUAAGAUGUCAAUCAGAAGUUUUGAUGAACUACAAGCAAGGUUACAUGAUAUUUUGAAACAUUCCAAUAUGUUUCGAGCUCCGGUCCAACCUAUUGAAAGAUUGGCUGUGACUUUAAGAUACUUCGUGACGGGAGAGACAUUUAAAGAUCUUCAUUUUAGCUAUCGUUUGGGGGCUUCAACUAUUGGUGAAAUCAUUAAAGAAGUAUGUAAGAAAAUUUGGACUCUACUCCAUGAAGAGUGUCUUUCGAUACCUAAUUCACAGGAAGGGUGGCUACGAAUCGCUGCCGGUUUUGAAAAUACAGCAAAUUUCCCUAACUGCAUCGGUUGUAUAGACGGGAAGCAUGUCAGAAUAAUUUGUCCUAAAUAUAGUGGGAGUCUGUAUUCAAAUUAUAAAAAGUUUUAUUCUAUAGUUCUUUUAGCUAUGUGUGACUGUGACUAUCGCUACACCUAUAUAAAUGUAGGGGCAUAUGGAACAGAUUCUGAUUCAAAUAUUUUUCGAAGAAGUUCAUUAUUUACGAAAUUACACAACGGAGAAAUAAUAUUGCCUCCACCAAAACCAUUACCUCACACUACAGAACCUCUCCCAUAUAUGAUUAUCGGCGAUGCCGCGUUUGGUAUAUCGAACAAAAUUUUAAGACCUUAUGCACGAAGUAAUCUGACACAUAAGAAAAAAAUAUUUAAUUAUCGCUUAAGCCGUGCUAGAAGGUACAUUGAGUCUACAUUUGGAAUAAUGAGUAAUAAAUUUAAGAUAUUUCACAGACCAAUGAAUACUUCCCUACCGAAUACAAUAGCAAUAAUAAAGGCUUGUUGCCUUUUACAUAACUACAUUCGAGAAAGAGACGGGUACAGAAUACAGGAUACACUAACUGUUUUAGGGUUUGACCAAUCUCUUAAUACAAACAGUAAUAACAGCAGAUCAGGUGACACAAUAAGGGAUAAAUUUUCCAACUAUUUCGUUUCUCCCGCUGGUAGUGUACCGUGGCAAGAUACGUGUAUUUUUUAAUUAAAUAGUAUUUUACAACAAUAAUAACGUUUUAUU